GUUGUCCACAAUAAGCAGGCCACACCUCCUUCCAUCUCCAAUGGGCUUUGGGAAAGGUAUAAAAGCUCCACCACCACCUUUUGCGUCAGGACCAGUUGAAGUGCAAUAUUGAAGCCUGUACUGUACCAUUCAGGAUCCAGACUCUAACCUCAAGUCAUGUUGACCAGGUAAGUGUAUUAUCUUUAAUAUAUUUUUUUUAAGGUUAAGUGUAUGAUGCAGAAUGUGACCCUAAGGCUGCGUUUACACAGACAGCCCAAUUUUGAUAUUUUGCCUAACAUUUACAUUUACAUCAUUUAGCAGAUGCUCUUAUCCAGAGUGAUUUUUGGUUUACAUCUUUAAUUUGAAUGGUUAUCACAUAACCAAUUGUUUUGUUUUUGACACAUUUUACCUCUUUUUGAUACCACUAUACCUUUACAAUUUAGAUCUUUUUUUUAUGAUCCCAGGGUUUUUCAAUAGAAAGUGGAUUUAAAACGCCACAUUAGGAUGGCUUAGGUAUUUUACAAUGGGCGUGCCAUACACUGAUUAAAGAACCAGGUCUGCCCUCAGAUCAAUGGGAAUAAGUUGUGGAUAAUGUCAGAGAUCCUUCGGUUGGCACUUAAACAAAAAUAUUCCUAAAGCAGCCUGUUGAUUACAAGGAUUUGGUGUGUGAUUGGGAAUUAGAAUUCAGAAUAACAGAUGGUCUUAGAAUCACUGAGACAGGCAUUAAGUAAAAGAGUCUGAAACAGAGAAGACAGCUGUGUCGAGGCCAUUGCUUCUUUAACUAAUCUGCAAUUAGCAUUGUUUUUUAAAUUCCUCUUGAAUUUCUGUUUCCAGGAAUUUUCUCAUCCUCUGCUCUCUGGCAGUUCUGCUAGUACAAGCUGACCUCGAUACUAAUAACGGUAAGUGUUGGCAUUAUGAUUUAAUACAUAAAAACAGAUGCUGAAUCAAACAGCAUGUAUAGUAACAUUAGCAUAACGUACUUAUUAACUGUUAUUAAUGAGUUACUAUCUGUGGAUGGUGGUCACAAUGUGUGUCUCUGUGUGACACUUUCAGAUCAUGCUGCCCAAGCCAUGUCCACGGGUAAUCUAAGAAAUGUUCUGCUUUUGCCAAACUCCUAUGUUGGUCUUGAUGUAACUUUUAAAAUAACUUUGAUUCAAUCAUUUGUAUUUUGAAAUUGCACUGCACUUACCCAGUUAAAGUUGUCUGAAUCUGAAUUCUAUGAAUAGCGUAUGUAAUGAAAGCCCUAUUGCUAUCUGAUUCUGAACCACACUCCCUUUUCUCACAAACAGAUAAGGACUCAACCUCGGAGGAAGCUCCAACUGGUAAGAGCAGCAUCACCUCAUUGGCUAACUCUUUACAACCAAUGCUAAAUAAGCCUGUAGUCUAAUCUAUAAUCUGUGGUCUAUAUGUGUUCUAUAUACCCGUUCAUAACAGUAAUCAAUCUGUGUUCUAUAUACCUGUUCAUAAUGGUAAUCUCUGCUUUUUCCACAGAGAGCAUGAAUGCCAUCUCCUCGGACCAGCCUAACGGUGAGCACAACAGAGAGGGGGAGGGGGGCGUUGUCUUACCUAUGGGAGAGGGGAAACUCUAGGCAUGGGUCAAACUCUGGAAGGGAGUGUGCAAGUGCACACUUCAGGAAGAGAGUGGAUAACUGGCACGCAACUUCUGAUCCCACUAAAUAAAGGUGGGUCUUGUAGUCUUGACUAGCCCAGGUCAGAUGGUUGUUUGUCUGCUGAGUCACAGACCCCACCCAUUAUCAUGUGACAUGAGACUGGGCACACUUGUUUGUAAACCCAGGCAGGUGUCGCGACUAGUUAUUUGAAAGUCAAAUAAAUCAGUUUUCUCAAGAGAGCGGGAGGAAGCUACAAUAGUGGUGUAACUAUGACGACUUGACUGUGUCUAGCAUCAACAGGUAAACCAUUCCCCCUGAAAGUUAAAAUUAGCUGAAAAAAACUAAAAUGUUGAUCUUCAAAUCUAUACCAAAGACGGUAUAGUUAAAUGACUAGUUCUAUAACAUGCUGCCUGUCAACUUUGUGACAACCUGAUCUUGCAAGAAAUUGAGGUUCUGUUCUGUGCAUGGACAUUCUAGAGUGUUCCUGAGAAAAACAGAGAGGUAUCAUUGCCUCUCAGUGUAGAUUGGAGUCACUGUCACAGGAACAAAUAUUUUUUUUCACUGGAUGUGACCUAUGGGAAGGGCUAAACAGACCAACUAGCCAAAAUCAAAAACUGACCUUUAACCCUUAACUUAACCAAACCCUUAAACCUGUCCAUAACCCUAACAAUAACCUGAACCUAACUUUAACCAAUUCUGAAAUUAUAUAUCAGUUUGCACGAUUACACGUCAGAAAACUCUGUAGAGCCCUUUCUGUGACUCAUUAGAACCACCCAAAACAGGAGUAAUGCUGGAGCUUUUUGUCCUGCACCGCCAUCUAGUGGUACUUCUUGUAUCCUGCAACAUUUCCUCAGUAUAGUGAAGCUUGCUGGCAGACAGUAACGCAAACUAUAAAUAUUGAAUCAAGGCAAUAUAUCUAAUGAUACUGUUUAUUAUGAUGCAAUUUUUGUUACAUUUCUUUAUAGAAAAGCCACAGUAUUACAAUGGAGGGACUGCUGGUAGGGGCUUUUUAAUUAUCUGAUGCAGUAUAAUUACAGUUUGGCAAAUACUACAAGAUUAAACACAAUAAAAUGUGAUGAAAAAAAUAUAUCUAAAUUUAGACAGAAAAUGUAUGCCUUGCUCUGUAACAUGUGAACAUGUCUCAUCUUAGAUGUAAGCAGCACAAGUGUAGAAGUUAGACAAGAUGGUGAGUUUACGUCAUUCUGUAUUCCCAAUAAAACCAUUGAAAGAAUACUGGUAUAAUAAAAAUGAUGAAUGAAGAAAUAAACAUAAUUGUGUGGAUAUCUAAAGUAUCUGUUCAUCAUUUGUCUCCCUACAGCUCCUAAACCUAACGGUGUCACUGGACCUGGUAGGUGUCCUUUUGUUAUGUGUAGGAAUAUAACCCGUAGACAUAUGGCUUCCAUUUAGUCACAAAUGUAUGCCUGUGAGAAAAAAAUAACAUUUCUAUGAAUGUGCUUCAAUUCCUUAUUGUAGGUGUUGCGGCAAACAGUGUUGAGGACCAGGAGGGUAAGAUACUAUAUUCCAACAGGGAAGCACCAUGCACACACACACAUUUGUUUUAUUGUUUAUUGUAAGUCAUUUAGCAGACGCUCUUAUCCAGAGCGACUUACAGUUAGUGCAUUCAUCUUAAGAUAGCUAGGUGGGACAACCACAUAUCACAGGCAUAGUAAGUACAUUUUUCCUCAAUAAAGUAGCUAUCACAAAGUCAGAGCUAGUAACGGGGAAAAAAAUCAAGUGUGAGUCUUAGUGGGUCGGGCGUGAGGAGGGGGUGCGAGGGGGGAUGGGGUGCUGUGGGAUUAUUUAAGAUACUCUUUGAAGAGGAGGGGUUUCCAAUGUUUUCGGAAGAUGGGCAGGGACUCAGCUGUCCUAGCUUCAGGGGGAAUCUGGUUUCACCAUUGGGGUGCCAGGACAGAGAACAGCUUGGACAGGGCUUAGCGGGAGCUGCCCUCCCGUAGGGGUGAGAGGGCCAAGAGACCAGAGGUGACAGACACACACACACACACAGACACACAAACACACACAGACACACACAUUCUGGUUUUACUAUCCUUGUGGGGAUCAAACAAUUGAUUCCCAUUCAAAAUCCUAAUUUCCCUAACCCAUAACCCUAAACCUAACCCUUAGCCUAACCCUAACCCUAAACCUAACCACUAAGCCUAAAAUAGCCUUUUUCCUUGUGGGGACCGGCGAAAUGUCCCCACUUGUCCGAAUUUUACUUGUUUUACUAUCCUUGUGGGGACAAGAAACACACUCAAACACACACCUUUUCAACACAAAUCACAAAUACCUCACAGGAAUCAUUCCAGAUAUUAAAAGUGGAGAAAAAGGAUGAAUGUUGAACCAAUCAAAUGUGUGUAAUGUUCCACAAUUAACUUUAACGUUUCUUUAUCUUUCAGAGGAUGAGAGCUCAGAUGAAGGUCUGAAAAAAAGAAUUGUUCCUCCUCCUCCUCCUCCUCCUCCUGCUCCACAACAAAACUCACGAAAGUUAGUUGGGCCAGCAGGUGGGAACCGGAGAAAGGCCCCAGCCCCACAACAGAAGAGGAGAUCACGACCCUCCCGCCGUCAGCCCUGA